AUGAGAGAGGCUGUGGCUGUCUUCAAGAAGAAUAAGAAGGUUUAUUCGGUGGGGCCGUUUGACCCGCUGGUCCUGGACGCUGUGGUUGGACUGAAGGAAAUGGCAAAGAAAGCCUAUGAAGACGAGUUCCUCCGUAUUGAAGCAGGCGGAUGGGUAAUCGGCUCGCUUUCAGGGACUGGCGAUGUUACCAUUAUCCUAGUUAGCAGGAAUGUUGAUCUGGAAAAGCUGAGGCAUGUGUAUGAAUCGUACCGUGUGUGUGUGGCCUACGGCGAUAUCCAAAUGAUGGAUACUCUUCUGAGUAUGUACAGAAGGAGGGCUGGAUAG